AAAGGCUGUCGGAAGUGAGUCACAUCAAGUACCUGACUCUUAUUUAGUAUGGAUUCCUCAGUAGGAACCUUCCUCGGGUUCUCGCAUGCACGCCAUUAUUAAAUUUAUAUUGUCAUGGAAUUCCUUCUCUGUCAUAUACAUAUAUAUAUGUAUAGAACGCCAUUAGACUGAGCUUCACCUCCAAAUUAACCAGCUUAUCCAAAUCAAGAAGCGCCAAGGAAAGAAAUAUGGCUAACUGGUCUGCUGAAAAUGCCACUAGAGCUUAUCUUCGAGCACUGAAAAUGGGAAAAACAGGGAAGGAGCCUGAUGUAGCAGAGUUCAUAUCAGCUCUGGCCGCUGGCAACAACGCGCAGCUAAUGGUGGUGGCAUGUGCGGACACGGCCGGAUCCACCGCCCUGUCACUAGUCGCAGCAGCAAGCCAAACGGGCGGCCGAGUGGUCUGCAUUCUAGGCGCAGCUGAAAGCGUCGCUGAGUCAAGAAAAGCCUUAGGGCGGUAUGCAGACUCCGUAGAUUUUCUGGUAGGAGAUGCAGAGACUUCAUUACGAAAUGAUGACCGGUGCAGAGGUGCAGAUUUCGUUCUCAUUGAUUUUCGAAUCAAGGACCAUAAAAGGGUGUUCAAAGCCGCUGAAGAUGAGGCUGCAGCGAGGGGGGGAAGAGGGCUCGUGGUGGGAUACAAUGCUCUUCGUAAGGGCUCAUGGUUGAGUGAAAACAAGACUGAGUUUUUACCCAUUGGAGAUGGACUGGUAAUCGUUACUGUGGGAAGCAGAGGUGGGAGAAGAAAGAGCAGAUGGGUUGUUAAGGUGGAUAAAUGGACGGGUGAAGAACAUGUCUUUAGGAUCACUUCGCCAUUUUUGCAGAUUGGAGCUUAAUACAAUUAACCCAAACUGAGCAUAUGAAAGUUUAAAACCCAUCUAGCUUUGUGGGUUUUUUAUUCCUCCAAACAAGUUAGAUGUUUUGUUUGUGUCUAUGUAAAUAUGAUGUAUAAGAGCACCCUGAAGACUAAAUCAUUUUCAUCAUCUUCAACCUGAAAUUUUCCAAAGAGAUUGAGUUGGUAUAAAACUGUUGACUUAUUAGCAGCAACAGUUCAGGCAUAUUCCAACAAAGUACUCUUCAUGGACCUAAUCCAAAUUACUCUAAAAUCCAAAGGGGCCUCCUCCCUCUUGAAGA